GAAGAAAAAGGCACCAAACCCGGAAUCUGAGCUACAGUUGGCAGUGUCCACAUGUGCCCUGAGACCGUACACACGAUAUCUAAUGCUAUUAAAGGAAUAUAAAAGACGUAUAACAACGAAAUGAAAACUGGACACACCCUAUAGCCAGUGAAAGACACAGUUGAAAGAUGCUGAGUGACUCUGAGGCUGCUGAGCUGGUCUCCUUCCUGACCCUUGGUACACGUGCUGAUGUCAAAGGUCAGGUCACGGAGUACAUCCUGGGACUGUCUGGACACAGGGAUGGCUGCCGCUUCCUCCACUCUAAACCUGACUUACUUGUUGCCCUGUUUACGUUGACCUCUGACCCCUCUGUUGCCAUAGUGAAGGACUGUUACCACAUCCUCAUCAACCUGUCAGCUGAUGAGACUCUACACCAGGUUUUGGUGGCAGAUGUUAAAGUUCUUCCAGUGUUGUUAAAGAACCUUAUGGAUCCAGAGUACCUGUUCUCUGAUCAGAUCUGUACCAUCCUGACCAACCUGUCCCGCCAUGAGAAGACCUGCAAGACUGUGUUAAAGGUCCUCCAGGAGGAGGUGGGUCUGGCCCAGCUGGUGGAGAUCUUCUGUACUGAAGGUUACAACAAGAGGGCGAAGCUCCACUACCUGGGUCCUCUGCUGUCCAACCUGACACAGCUGCCUGAGGCCAGAAACUACAUGAUGGAUAAGGACAGGUGUGUAGUCCAGAGGUUGUUGUCCUUCACUCAGUACCAGGCAUCAGCGGUGAGGAGGGGAGGAGUCAUUGGCACUCUGCGCAACUGUUGCUUUGACUACGUGCAUCAUGAGUGGUUGCUGAGUGACGCUGUGGACAUCCUGCCCUUCCUCCUGCUGCCGCUGGCCGGUCCAGAGGAGCUGUCGGAGGAAGAAAAUGACGGUCUGCCUGUGGAUCUUCAGUACCUCCCCGAGGACAAGAAGAGAGAUGAAGACCCCGACAUCAGAAAGAUGCUGGUGGAAACACUCUUACUGCUGACAGCCACCAAGACCGGCCGGCAGACGCUGAAAGACAAGAACGUUUAUCCGAUCAUGCGAGAGUUUCACCGCUGGGAGAAGGACGUCUAUGUUGCAGCAGCCUGUGAGAAACUGGUCCAGGUGCUGAUCGGUGAUGAGCCGGAGCAGGGGAUGGAGAACCUGAUGGAGGUGGAGAUUCCUGAGGACGUGGAGGUGAAACUGAAGGAAGCCGACGCCAAAGAGCAGGAGGAGCUGGAGAAGGAGCAGGAGAAGAGACAGGAGGAGGAGGAGGAAGAGGAAGAGAAGAAGAACAGUGAUGCAGAGCGGACAGACAGAGAACAGGAGAGUGGACUGAUUCAGUAAAACCUGUUUUAAACCCGUAACAUCUCAGGCUCCAUCAAGACGUCUGUUUAAGUCGCUGUCUGUCAUUCAGACAGUUAAAUGUUCAUCACAGCUUCGUUCAGACCUGACAAGACAUUAACAGAAAGAGGCACAAUCCUCUGAGAUGACUGUCAGCUGCUCUACAGAGGGAGCUGAGCUGAAAAGAAAACGUAAGUAAUGAUUUAAGAGAAGAAGAGUGUUUCCUGUUUUGUUACAGGCUGCACCAGUGAUGAAUUUCAAAACAUAUUUUUUGCUGUUGAAGCUUUAAUUAAUGACCAUUGAGAUCUUUUCUUAAUGUCUGACAGUGAGGAUGCAUAUGUUAAGGUGGGACACAGUCACACCACAAGGAAAGAAAAUAGACUUUUAUACAUUGAUCUGAUGAAAAACCUUAAUUAAACACGGCUCACUCAGUGUUUCACGUUUAUUAAACUGAUUUUAUUUUCUUUGUGCGUUUAAAAAAUGAAGAUUGACUAAUUUAUAAUUCAAAGUAUUGCAAAAAUGUACACCUUCAUUACUUAGAUCACUACAGAACAGGGUGGAGUCUGGCCUCCUGAGGACCGAGUGUCUUCACUGUGAGAUCUCACCUUCUGGUUUUUAGGCUUGAGUUGCUCCUUAACACCCGGUUUUCUUUUAUUCCCACUUUAAGAAGCUGCAACUACUUUGUCUGACAGAAUCAUAAAUUGUAUAUUGUGUAUCAUGACGUUCCAGCUUUUCAUUGAAGCUAUGAGAUGUUUACUCUGAGUGAAAUAUUCCAACCACAGACAGAAAUAUAAAUAAUCUACAUGUC